CCCCAGACUCGAGUCGAUUGCUGUAGAGUGCGCAUCGUCGUGCGGUACUAUGAAAUACACUCUAUAAACUUUAACCACUUGUUUUUAGCCAAAUUUCGAUUGAAAAUAUGCGUUUGAGGUAGUGCUAAGUGAACAAAAGUUUUGUGAUUGGUGCACUGAGAGUGAUUGUUUGUGCCCCAUGAGGGAUUUUACAAUAAAAUGUGGAUUAACUGUACUAAGGAAUACCACCAGUGCCUUUGGAUUAUAACGAUAACCAUUGUUUUGGCCUUAGUACGAGACACAACAGCAUUCGAAUCAUGCUCGCCCAAUCCAUGUAAAAAUGGUGGAGCAUGCAUAUCACCGCUGAAAGAAGAUACUUUUUGCAAUUGCACCUCAAAAUACGUCGGAGAAUACUGCCAAUACCCGAAUCCGUGCCACCCGUCGCAAGGCCCCCGUUGUCAAAAUGGCGGCUCGUGUCAGGUUCGCGUGUCACCGGGUGAAGCGCCGAGCUUCACCUGUCAGUGUCCGCUCGGGUUUAGUGCUUCGCUGUGCGAGAUCAGAAUAGCGAAUUCAUGCGAUCAGAAACCGUGUUUGAACGGGGGCACGUGUUCGCUGCGGUCCUUGGAGUCGUACCAGUGCGCUUGCGCGCCGGGCUAUACAGGUGAACAUUGCGAAAAACAGGACCACUGUUCGUCGCAGCCGUGUCGUAAUGGCGCAGAAUGCACGUCGGUCGGUGAUUCCUACAAAUGCACGUGUGCUCCCGGUUUUACGGGGGCCUCGUGCCGCGAAGAUAAGGACGAAUGCAAGCACAUGCCAUGUCGACACGGAAAAUGCCAUAACACCCAUGGAAGCUACACAUGUACCUGUAACGAGGGCUAUACGGGCCAAAAUUGCGAAAGCGAAUACAUCCCGUGCGAACCUAGCCCAUGUCAAAAUGACGGCCAAUGCCGAACGAGAGACAAACACACAUACACCUGCGAUUGUCCUAAAGGUUUUCGUGGAUCCAACUGCGAGGAAAACAUCGACGACUGCCCAGGUCACCAAUGCCAAAACGGCGGAGUAUGCGUCGACGGCGUCAACAACUACACCUGCAAGUGUCCUUCGACGUACACGGGGACGUUUUGCGAAAGAGACGUGGACGAGUGUUCCAUGCGACCAUCAGUAUGCCAAAACGGAGCCACGUGCACCAACAGCAUUGGCGGAUUCUCGUGUAUUUGCGUCAACGGAUGGACUGGUCCGGAUUGCUCGGUUAACAUCGAUGACUGCGCAGGAGCUGCUUGCUUUAAUGGUGCCACGUGCAUCGAUAGAGUUGGUAGUUUCUACUGCAGGUGCACUCCUGGAAAAACAGGUCUUCUGUGUCAUUUAGAUGACGCUUGUACCAGCAACCCAUGCCAUGCCGACGCUAUAUGUGAUACCAGUCCUAUUAACGGAUCAUACACUUGCAGCUGUGCUUCAGGGUACAAAGGCAUCGAUUGUUCCGAAGAUAUCGAUGAAUGCGAACAAGGCUCUCCCUGCGAACACGACGGCAUUUGUGUCAACACCCCAGGUAGCUUCGCCUGUAAUUGCACUCAAGGCUUCACAGGUCCUCGAUGCGAGACAAACGUCAACGAAUGUGAAUCUCAUCCCUGCCACAAUGACGGAUCCUGCUUGGACGAUCCUGGAACCUUCCGAUGUGUUUGUAUGCCAGGUUUUACUGGCACCCAGUGCGAAAUAGACAUAGACGAAUGCAAAGAACGACCAUGCUUGAACGGAGGCACUUGCCACGAUCUCAUCAACAGUUUCAAGUGCACAUGCGGAACAGGAUUCACAGGCUCGCGCUGUCAAAUCAACAUCGACGACUGUGCUUCGAGCCCUUGCCGCAACGGAGGCGUCUGCCAUGACGGUAUCGCCGCCUACACCUGCGAAUGUCCCCCGGGAUUUACGGGAAUGUCAUGUGAAACGAACAUCAACGAUUGUCUGUCUUCUCCUUGUCUUCACGGAGAGUGUAUCGAUGGUGAGAAUUCUUUCACGUGCACAUGUCAUCCCGGAUACGCUGGUGCUUUAUGUCAACAACAGAUCAACGAAUGCGAGUCGAAUCCUUGUCAGUAUGGAGGCCUUUGCCAGGAUUUGGUAAAUGGCUACCAAUGCCUUUGCAAACCUGGCACGUCUGGACACAACUGCGAAAUCAACGUCAACGAAUGCUACAGCAAUCCCUGCAGAAACGGAGCUAGGUGUCUGGAUGGGAUCAAUAGUUACACCUGCGAAUGCCACCCCGGCUUCACCGGACGCCACUGCGAGAACGACAUCGACGAAUGCUCCUCCAAUCCUUGUGCAAACGGUGGCGUUUGCAUCGAUCUCAUCAACGGCUUCCGCUGCGAAUGUCCUAGAGGCUAUUUCGACGCAAGAUGUCUCAGCGAUGUCGAUGAAUGCAAGUCCAACCCUUGCAAACAUGGAGGAAGCUGCGAAGACGGCGUUAACCAGUUCAUUUGCCAUUGUCUUCCAGGUUAUGGUGGCAAACAGUGUGAGAUCAACAUCGACGAAUGUGCCUCGAAUCCUUGUCAACAUGGAGGUAACUGCAGAGACCAUUUGGCUUCUUACACCUGCGAAUGCUUGCCUGGAUAUUCUGGCAUCAACUGCGAAUCUAACAUCGAUGACUGUGCAGUCAAUCCGUGCAAGAACGGAGGCAGCUGCAUUGAUCUAGUCAAUGAUUUUAAAUGUGUCUGUGAGCUGCCGUUUACUGGAAGAGAAUGCCAAGACAGAUUAGACCCUUGCCAGCCACAUUUAUGUCAACACAACUCGAAAUGUACUCCUAGCUCCAACUUUUUAGAUUUCGCUUGCUCGUGUGGUGUGGGCUACACUGGAAGAUUCUGCGAGCAAGAUGUUGACGAGUGUAUUGUAUCGAAACCUUGUAGGAAUGGAGCUACCUGUAGGAACACCAACGGAAGCUACAUGUGCAUGUGUAUGAGGGGAUAUGAAGGAAAAGAUUGUUCUAUAAACACCGAUGACUGUGCUUCAUCCCCUUGUCAAAACGGAGGCACAUGUUUGGACGAAUUAGGAGACUUCGUGUGCCUUUGUAUCAACGGUUUCGAAGGCAAACAGUGUGAAAUCGAUAUCGACGAAUGCGCCUCACAUCCUUGCCAAAAUGGCGCCACUUGUAACCAGUACGUCGAUUCCUACACCUGCACAUGCCCACUAGGUUUCUCUGGCAUUAACUGUCAAACGAACGAUCAGGAUUGUACCGAAAGCAGCUGUAUGUAUGGUGGUACCUGUAUAGAUGGAAUCAACAGCUACGUUUGUACCUGUAAACCCGGAUAUACUGGAUCAAAUUGUCAAAAUCGCAUCAACUUGUGCGACAGUUCACCUUGUCUGAACGGUGCCACCUGUCAAGACCAUACCACUCAUUACACUUGCCACUGUCCAUUCGGAUACACCGGUAAAAAUUGUGGGGAAUACGUGGAUUGGUGUGCUACGAAUCCUUGUGAAAAUCACUCCACCUGCAGACAAAGUAAAAACCAAUACUCUUGCACUUGCGGACCUGGAUGGACGGGAAAAGUGUGUGAUGUUGAGAUGGUUAGUUGCAAAGACGCAGCAGCUAAAAAAGGAAUCCAUUGGAAAUACUUGUGCAACAACGGCACAUGUGAGACAAUCGGUAAUUCCCACAGAUGUCACUGUAAGGAAGGCUACACAGGCUCCUACUGUCAAAAAGAGAUAAACGAAUGCGAAACCGCACCUUGCCAAAACGGCGCUACCUGUAAAGACCUCAUCGGAUCAUACAGCUGUAUUUGCCCAAAAGGUUUCCAAGGUCAAAAUUGCGAAUUAAACGUGGACGAUUGUCAGCCGAAUCCUUGUCAAAACGGAGGCACUUGCCACGAUUUAGUCGACAGUUUUCUUUGUUCGUGUCCUCCCGGAACUUUGGGCUACAUUUGCGAGAUCAACAUCGACGACUGCAGAGCAGAUUCUUGCCACAACAACGGCACAUGUAUGGAUAGAGUGGGAGGCUUCGAAUGUAAGUGUCCUCCUGGUUUCGUCGGGCCUAGAUGUGAAGGUGACAUCAACGAAUGCUUGUCCAAUCCUUGCUCUAAUCCAGGAACGUUAGAUUGCGUACAAUUGGUCAAUAACUACCACUGCAACUGCAAAGCCGGCUUCAUGGGUCGCCAUUGUGAGCGUAAAGUCGACGUUUGUGCUGCUAGUCCGUGCAGAAAUGGAGGAAUUUGUAUACCAACCAACUCUGGGUACAACUGUACUUGUCCUGAAGGCUUCUGUGGUCGUUACUGCGAAUUGAACGGCUAUGACUGCGAUUCUGAACCAUGCAAGAACGGAGGGGUGUGCCACGUUUCAGAAAUGGGAGGUUAUUUCUGCGAAUGUCCAGAAACAACCACUGGGGCCAAUUGUGAAAUCGACCUGGUGAACGAAUGCGAUAGCAGUCCCUGUUUACAUCCACAAGCCGUCUGUGAAAACAGGAUCGGUGAUUAUGUAUGUUAUUGUCCACCGAAACACGUCGGAAAAAAUUGCGAAGUGUUUGAUCGAAACGCACCAGGAGGCGUUGGAAAACCUGUGAGGCAGUUACAAGAUUUCAACAGUUUUUACGCCAUGGAUUUAGAAAAGCAGCGGCAAGAAUGUAUUCGAAAUAAAUGCCCUAUAAAAAGAGGUAACAUGCGUUGCGACGAAGAAUGUAACACCUACGCUUGCGAUUUCGAUGGUAAUGAUUGUUCUUUGGGUAUCAAUCCAUGGGCGAACUGUACCGCACCCACCAAAUGUUGGGAAGUAUUUAUGGAUGGUCGCUGCAAUGAAGACUGCAACAAUCCCCAGUGUUUGUUUGAUGGAAGAGACUGUGAGAAGAAGCUGCAAGCUUGCAACCCGAUCUAUGACGCUUACUGCCAAAAACACUACGCCAACGGUUACUGCGAUUAUGGAUGUAACAAUGCUGAAUGCAACUGGGACGGCUUGGAUUGCGAAAAAGAACCACCAGAACUCGCAGAUGGAGUUAUAACGAUGGUGAUUUUAAUGGACAUGGAAAGCUUUAAGAACAACUUGGUCGCUUUCUUGAGAGACACAAGUCACCAAUUGCGCACCACCGUAAGAGUAAAGAAAGAUCAGCUAGGAAAUGAUAUGAUUUAUCCGUGGAUGGGGUCAACACCAUCAGACAACCUACAGGACGAUUAUUUCCGAAAGAAACAUCAUGUAGUGUACUCAGAACAAGCACAAACUGGUGUCAAAGUAUUUUUGGAGAUAGACAAUAGGAAAUGUGCAUCACUGGCAGAGAACUCAGACUUUUGCUUCCAAACAGCAAGCGCUGCUGCCGAAUUCUUAGCUGCCAAAGCUUCCAAACACACCCUAUCCUCGUCCUUUCCGAUAUACCAAGUAAACGGCUCCACUGGCUUAGACCCGGAUGAAAAUCCUCCUGCAAAUGCCAAAUACGUACUCAUCGGGAUAUUAAUGGUUAUAUGUCUGAGUGCACUAAUUUUUGUGGUCAUCCAGACCCAGAGAAAACGUGCAGCUGGUAUAACAUGGUUCCCAGAAGGUUUCCUAAGAACAAAUUCCGGCACCCGUCGCAGAUCCAGGCGGCGAGGCCCCGAAGGACAAGAACUGCGCAAUUUGAGCAAAAAUCCUUCGAUUCCUGGUAUGGACAUUGAUCCAAAUGGACACCAAUGUCAUGUCCCCCAAUGGUCGGAUGACGAAAGCGACAUGCCGCAACCAAAACGUUUCAGAGGCAACGAUAUGGGUUAUUCCAGUGAUCACACAGCUAUUACUGAAUACGAAGAGACCGAACCACGUUGGACUCAACAACACUUAGAUGCCGCCGACAUAAGACCAUCAGUUAUGUUAACUCCUCCUCAAAGCAACGAAGUUGGUGAUAUCAAUGCCAGAGGCCCUUGUGGUAUGACUCCUAUAAUGGUAGCUGCCGUUCGAGGAGGAGGCAUGGACACUGGUAUCGAAGAAGAUGACGACGAUGGUGCUGGACAGAUUAUCCAAGACUUGGUAGCUCAAGGAGCUGAAUUGAAUGCUGCUAUGGACAAGACUGGAGAGACUUCUUUGCAUCUUGCUGCUAGAUACGCUAGAGCAGAUGCAGCUAAGCGCCUCCUAGACCACGGAGCUGACGCAAACGCACAAGACAACACAGGCAGGACACCUCUACACGCAGCAGUAGCUGCUGACGCUUUGGGGGUGUUCCAAAUACUCUUAAGAAACAGAGCUACCAACCUAAACGCCAGAAUGCACGAAGGUACCACUCCUCUAAUUUUGGCUGCGCGCCUAGCCAUCGAGGGAAUGGUGCAAGAUCUCAUCAGCGCAGAAGCAGAUAUCAACGCUGCUGAUAAUUCUGGAAAAACUGCGCUUCACUGGGCAGCUGCCGUCAACAACGUGGAGGCUGUUAAUAUAUUGUUGGCGCAUGGAGCCAACAGAGAUGCUCAAGAUGACAAAGACGAAACGCCCCUGUUUCUUGCAGCUCGUGAAGGCUCAUAUCAAGCGUGCAAGGCUCUUCUAGAAGCGUACGCUAACAGAGAGAUAACAGAUCACAUGGACAGAUUGCCUAGAGAUGUAGCAACGGAAAGACUGCAUCACGAUAUUGUUCGAUUACUCGAUGAACAUGUGCCUAGAAGUCCACAGAUGGUUAGCGUCAUUCCCAGCAACACUGUCAUGACUUCCCCUACUGGGCAUAUGCUUCAGCAACCAACAGUGAUAAUACCCAAACGUCAAAAGUCGAAGAGGCCAAGCAAAGCCAAUGGUCCUACGAGCCCUGAGAACGACGGUGGCAUGAUGACCGUUGGCAGCAUCCGCAGGAAACCCAGCGUGAAGAAAAACAACAAAAAAGUCCAACAAGCCGAAAUGCAGCAAAAUAUCGACUCAGUCAAUUCUACGUUGAGCCCUGUGGAGUCCCCAAUGACAAACCUGCCGAGUCCGUACGACGCUACUUCAUUGUAUUCGAAUAUGAACUUACCCCAAGGCUUGGAAAGUCUCAUGGCAAAUAAACAGCCACCCAGUUACGAAGAUGUUGUGAAGAACAACGGGUUUGCUCUUGACAAUUACGGUGCAACCUUCAGCUUGUUCCCUGCCGACUUAAUCAUGCAACAGAGGCAGCUACAAGCGAAUACCCUCAGCCCGCCAUACUCCAACCAAUCACCGCCUCAUUCCGUACAAUCAAACAUGUCUUUGUCCCCUCAGGGAUACAACGGCUCGCCGUCACCUGCAAAGACACGUCCAUCUCUGCCCACAAGUCCCACUCAUAUGGCAGCGAUGCGAGCGGCCACCAGAAGCCAGCAGCAAAAGCACGGCGGAGUGCCACAGGUGCAGAACCUACAAAUGGGCUUCGAUUUCAGCCAGAUAGGUCUGGAGCUUCCUCUGACUUACACCGGCUUAGCUAACACGUCCCACGCAACUCAGGCAGCGCUACAGCCUCAACAAUAUCAACAGCAGAACUAUUUUUUAACGCCUCCGUCACAGCACUCGGAUCACCUGCUGCCCGAGACCUUCCCCACACCGAGUCCGGAAAGUCCGGGGCACUGGUCUUCGAGUUCUCCGCGGUCCUGUAACUCCGACUGGUCGGAGAAUAUCGCCAGUCCAAACACUUACGUUUCCUCGGGACACCAGACGAACAAAAAUGCUGAUCCCGUCUACAUUUAGAGGCGUUUUUGCAUCGGAAAUACGGCGAAAUAGACAUAAACUUUAUAUUAGCUCAACCAAAAUGUUUUACAACUUAUCAAAUUUUAUAUACACGUUUUUUUAUUAGUAAUUGAAACGGUUUCGCUGUGUUUCUGGGUAAACUUUUUGGGGCUGCGUUGUGAUCUUGUUAAUUUUUUAGGUAGGUUUUUAAUUAGCACAAAAUAGCAGGUUGCGUCCUUUUAUAAAACAGAAAAAAGACAAAAUUUAACUAAAUUAGUUCGUAACUCGAUUACAUAAUUUGACAAUUUUUCCCACAUUUUCGGCCUUAUUAUUCAAAGAUUGGGAGAUAUUAAUCUUAAAUUCAAUCACUUAUUUCUCAUUUAUGACUCAGGUGGUAUCAGGUAAAAGAAUGGAUCUUAUAAAAGAAUGGGAAAAUCGAAAAUUACCAAUUUUUUUACAUUCUCGAGUCAUGUUACCAAUCCCUUGCAUUACUUACUUAUGUCUAAAAAAUUUAUUAUAAAAUCAAUGAACGUUUUAUAAAUAUGACAGAAGUGAAAAAAUCACAGCGGCAUACGUAAUUUUAGUACAAAAGAAAAUAAUUGCAUUUUCAAAAUGAUGGUCCUAGGAAGUACUUACAUAUAUUUUUUUUACAAUUUUGCUUACCUUUGAUGCAUCUUUCAGUACCCUCAUAUGCAUAAAUCAGAAAGAACUUUAGAUUAAUAUCUCAGUCUAUCAAUUUUUUAACUAUGUGUUCUAUUUCUUUUUAUUUAUCUACUAUUAUGGCAGUAUUUUUAGAAAGUAUGUCAGAUAUUUCAGGUAUUUUUUAAACUUCUGCCUUUCUUGUAUGAUUAAUUUGUAUUUGUAAUGUAUCUGUCUUGCGUUUUGACUUCGAAUCAUAAUAUAUUAACUUUUCUAAAUUUAUUCAGUUAUAUCAACACUUUUUCUAUUUUAUUUUUUACUAUUGGAAAAGUAUCAUCAGUAUAUUAUCCUAAGCAUUUUCCAGUAUUUAUCAUAUUUGUUUCUUUCCUGUAUGAUUUUAUCUUUCAUUUGACAUCUAUUUACAUAUAUUAUUUAAUUUUUUUAGUGAAAAUUUGAGCAUUUUUCGUUGUUAUUGACACUUUCUUGACUUUCGUUAUUCUGUUUUAUCAAUAUAGUUUAUAUAUCUUCUUUACUUUUUACUAUUAGAAUAGUAUCGUCGACAUUUCCAAGGAAUUUAAAAUAUAUAAUAUAUUUUUCGUAUUUUCUGUUUUACAUUUUCUUAUGUUGCAUUUUACGUGUAUAUAUUUAGGCAGUAUGUGGGGUUUUGUCCUACUAUUGGACUUUAAUCAUCUCACUUUUCCAAAUUCAUUAUUUUGUACCAUUACAAAAGUAUCAUAGACAUAUCUGAACAUUUUCGUACUAUUUUUCAUAAUUUUUUUGGUCUGCUUGAUUAUCAUUUAUUUCACAUUUUUUAUGCAAUAUUUUAACUUCUUAUUGAAGAUCUGGACAUUUUCCACUGUUUUUACCGCUUAUGUCACAGUUGAAGAAGUCCUAUCAACACAGUCGCUAUGUUUUUUCAAUUAUUUUACUAGUAGAACAGUGUCUAAAGUGUUGCACCCAUUUUCGAUAGUUUUUACAUGUCUUACCAGAUUUUAUUUCUAAUUUUACAUCUAAAUACACAUUAUUUGUGAGUUUUAAAUGAUUUAGUCUUAGGUGCAUCAUUAUCAAGGAACUUUCAAAUUCCACUGUGCAAAUAAUCAUUAUAUACAUCGAAAAUAAAAUUCCAACUGAUUUUAUUAGUCACUUUUUGGUCGAAAUUUGAAAUUUUACCUGAUUUUUUCCAUCGGCACUCUACCAUUUCCCUUUUUUCAAUUGAUCCUAGUUUAAUAGAAUCUUUCAUACUAAUGUUGUUCUGAAGCUAUUUCCUUGUGGCAUUUUUAUAAUAAACAAUUGAGAUGGGAAAUAAGCCACAAUUAAAUUGAAAAAAAUAAUUUUAUUAACGUUUCGACGCCCAAAUCGGAUGUCGUUGACAAAAUACAAAAUACUACUUUCAUACAAUAUUUAACAAAAUUUAGUAUAUUUCUUAAGAAAAUUAGUGUCUUUUAGGAUCUUAUUUUCCAUUUAGCGCCUUUUUAUACAUAUAUUUUAACUUUGUAUUCUCUUUUUUUUUUCUCGCAUGUAAAUUAAAUUUAAUUGAAUAUUGAAUUGAUUAAAAUUGAAGAUUUCUCUGUGGUAAAGGACGCAUCCUUUUGUAACUUGUGGUCUCAGUAAUAUUAUACAGAUUGUACUCUACUUUAAAAAAAUAUUUAUUUUUGUCAAUCUUAGGCAGUAUAUUUUAUUAUAAUAUACAAAAGAAAAAUAAAUCAAUCCACUGUCGUGCCUUUGACGCGUUGUUACAAGUUAAAACAUGUUUGUAAUAUUAUAUAGAAUAGAAAGAAUUCUAUUUUGUACAUAUUUUAAGUAGCUAUAUUCUUGUUAGCAUAGUUUUAUAGACGAACUAGUUUUUUGUAACGUUUCAGAGACAAAUUGUAUGUGAAGAAAAAUAUUUUGUAUCAUAUUUUACAAUUUUUAGCAGAUUUAUAGGUAUAAUACACUUCUCCAAGAAAUUAACACACCACCUUAAAAAUAAGUAAUUUUUGAUGUCUCGAAUUUUUUAAACCUGUUGUCCGAUUUGAGUUUUUUAAUAUGUUAUAGCCUUAUUUUUAACAAUAUCGCUGUAAUAAUAUUGUUGCUAGACAGGAAAAUUGUCAUUGUAUACCGGGUUUACCAAUCAAACUGUGAUUUUUUCUCAAAAUUUGCGUGAUCCUGUGGAAUAUUCUAGCAUUUAUAAAGUACUAAAAUUAAAACCCAAUAUUAGCCUCAUGUUUUCUUAACAUUCUGUUUUUUGAUUCAUUCGCUAAUGUUAGAUAAUAAAAAAGUUAGGUACUUUUACAACUAGCCUUGUUUUUCGUUAGUACAGGUUGUUUUUAAAUAAGUAUGGCAAACUUAAUUAUGCAUGAAAAAUAAUGACAGUUUGCUUUAUAAACGUAUGUCCGCAAAUGCUUCGUUUCCGAGAUAUGGAGUGUUGAAAUUUUUCUUACAAACUGUCGAUUUAUUUAUUGCUCUAAAACCAGUUGAUAUAUGCAAAGGAAAUUUGGUGGGUUGUAAGAGGUAGUUAUUGCGCAUAUUUUGAUAUACAAUUAAAAAUUUAAUAUUCACCAUUGGCGCUCAUACGGGUAAUAUGACCCUUAUGUGCGCCGAUGGUGAACAUAAAAUUAUUAAUUGUAUGUAAAAAAUGCACAAUAACUACCUCUUAAACCUCACCAAAUUUCAUUUGCAUAUCUCACCGAUUUUAGAGCAAUAAAUAAAUCGACAGUUUAUAAGAAAAAUUUCAAUACCUCGUAUCUCGGAAACGAAGAAUUUGCCGACAUACGUUUAUAAAGCAAACUGUCAUUAUUUUUUCAUGCAGAAUUACCCCUUAAAGUUUGCAUACUUAUUUAAAAACAUUGAUGAAAAACAAGGGUAGUUGUUAAAGUACCUAACUUUUUUAUAAUCUAACAUAAGCGAAUGAAUCAAAAACAGAAUGUUAAGAAAACAUGAGGGUAUAGUUGAGUUUUAAUUUACAUAGAAUAUUCCACAAGGUCACGCAAACUUUGAGAAAAAAUCACAGUUUGAUUGGUACACCCGGUAUACAAUGAUAGUUUACCUGUCUAGCAACAAUAUUAUUACAGCGACAUUGUUAAUAAGUAAGGCUAUAACAUCGUAAAAAAAUCACUUAAAUCGGACAACAGGUUUAAGAAAUUCGAGACAUCAAAAAUGACCAAUUUUUAAGGUGGUUCGUUAAUUUCUUGGAGAAGUGUACGUUUUAGUGUUUUUGAUGUGGUUUUUACCGCAGCAAAAGCUUUUUAAAUUGCCAAUUUUCUCGCACAUAGAGAUAUUGUACAAUGGUGUGCACGGAGAUUUGUUGAAACAGCUACCAGAUCUACUUUUUCGGGUUCUAUGUAUUUCUCUUAUGACAAAUUUUCCGUAAAAAGUCUUCCUAUUUAUUUAUUUUCCAUGAUGUGAUAAUACACACGUCAAAAACACUAAAAUAUUAUUUUAAGUAUGCAAUGUACUCGACACAGGGGUCAAAGUUGCUUUCUAAUCCACACAAUGAGGGUCUGCAAUCCAUUAACUUAAGGAGUCGUGGUUAAAGAAUGAUAGCACUUAAGAAUGUUGUGGCGGACAAAUUUUUUUGAUGGAAAAAGCUUUUCUACUAUAUUUUCCUUUAAGUUGCUAUGAAAAAAUGGAAAUUUGACAUAAAUUGUAAGAUAAGUGGAAAAGCUUAGGAAAAUGUUGGCGGACAAAAAUUUUGGGGUAUCAAUUACGAGUACACAACAGGCUAAACACACAAAUUUUUUGUCCGUCUACAUUUUCCUCACCUUGUCCAUUCUUUAACACUUAUAAGAAGAAUUUCCCAGUUUUUCGGAGAAAAAAAUGUCCGUCGCGGUAAUCUUAGGUCUUAAAAGUAUGAUGUUUUCAGUUGAGGCGUCGUUAAAGGCGUCAUGUGAUCCUAAAAUGUACAUAAUUUUUACCGACUAUAAAUAAUUCAAUUAUUAAAAUCAAUUUUAUUUUCUCCGGAAGGCUUAGCGGACAAAUUUUUGGCUAUCGGACACUUCGAAUGAGUACAAGAUUUACUUAUUUGUGAAGAGUGGCUUUAAAAUCGCCCAAUUCGUUUUGUCUGGCAUGAAUAUCAUGCUUUAAUACAUUUUAUGAGCAUUCCUAUGAAAAAUUAAGUGCUGUUAAUAAAUUGAUAGUCGGGAAAAUUGACAUAUUAGGGUGUCCAACACGCUUUAUGUCCCAAAAUUUUUGUCCGUCAACAUAGUCCUCCUAUUUUACACUUAUCUUCGUAUCAGACGUACUAGACGGAGAGGCAGCGCUGAAAAAUCUCUUUGAAUUUACUAAAGCUAAAUUUUUCACAGUUGAUUACUGUGAUUGUGUAGAGAAACAUACUGCGGUCGGUUAAGCGAAACGUAGAACAGGGGUUACUGAGAGGGUAUCAAAGUUGCUUUCCUACGAAGGUAAUUAUUUCCAUUUACUAAGGCUGAAAAUCAGUACACACAUUCUAAAUUGAAUAUAAAUAAAAGUUAUUAUAGUCGGUCAGCAGUAUGACGGGACAGAGCCGGUCGGUCGGCCCCAUUGAAUGUACAGGGUUAUUCACUAUAUUUUGACCCCCUUGUAAACUGCUUUAUUUACAGAAUUAGAAAAAAUGUAAAAUACAACAGGUAUUCGAUUUUUUAAUUAUAAUUUUUUACACAUAUAAGUCGUACUAGUGACAUGAUCCAUCUGGGCGUGAUGACGUUUUCGACUAUUUUUUAAAUGAGAAUAGGGGUCGUGUGCUAGCUUAUUUCAAAGGUUAUUCAAUUCUCUAUACAGAACUAUAAACAUUAAAAUCAUUAUUUAUACAGGGUGUCUAAAAAACAUUUUUGAAUUUUUAAUUAAGCAAUUAAUUAAUUAAAAAAAAUUUUUGGACACCCUGUAUAAUUAAUCAUGUUAAUGUUUAUAUUACUGAAUAGGGAAUUGAAUAACCUUUCAAACGAGUUAGCACUCGACCCCUAUUCCCAUUUAAAAAAAUAGUCGAUUACGUCAUCACGCCCAAAUGGAUGACGUCACUAGUACGAUAUAUAUGUCAAAAAAUCAUAAUUUAAAAAUCGAAUAACUUUUGUAUUUUACAUUUUUUUUAAUUCUGUAAAUAAAGCAGUUUACAAGGUAGUCAAAAUAUAGUGAAUAACCCUGUACAUUCACUGGGGCCGACUGACCGGCUCUGUCUUGUCAUACAGCUGACCGACUAUAAUAACUUUUAUUUAUAUUUAAUUUAGAAUAUGUGUACUAAUUUUCAGCCUUAGUAAAUGGAUUUAAUUACCUUCGUAGGAAAGCAACUUUGAUACCCUCUCAGUAACCCCUGUUCUACGUUUCCCUUGACCGACCGCAGUAUUUUUCUCUACACAAUCACAGUAAUCAACUGUGAAAAAUCUAGCUUUAGUAAAUUCAAAGAGAUUUUUCAGCGCUGCCUCUUGGACUAUUAUAUUUUAUCUUGUAUUUGGGCAAUAAAUCUUGUUUUUUUCCUAGUUUUGGAUUUUAAGGAUCUUUUCGUUUUUCUAAAUUCAUUAUUUAGUUCUGACAACUCUUUUUCUUCUUUUAUUUUUACUACUAAGUCAGCAUCGUCGGUAUAUCAAAAAAUUUUUGAGUAUUUUUCACAAUUUUUCUUUUCCUUUGCGAUUUUAUCUUUGAUUAGACAUUUUUUGCUCAUUAUUUGAUGUUUUUAAUGAAGAUCUGAGCAUUUUUCAUUGGUGUUACUACUUUUUGGCUUUAUCAUGCAGCUUUAUUGGUACAGAAUUUACUAUUAGAACAGUCUUCAACAUGUCUACAGAAUUUAAUGUAUUUCUCAUAAUUUUUUUCUUUUCCUACAUUUUUUUAUUUUGGAUUUGAUUAAUAAUUCUUGUUUUUGUCCUAGUUUUGGGCUUCAAGCAUUUUCUCACGUUUCUAAAUUCCCUAUUUUGUUCUGGCAACUCUUUCUUCUAUGUUUUUGCUAUUAGUACAGCUUCAUCGGUAUUUCUAAGAUACUGAAAUGUUUUCUGUACGUUCCACAUUGUAAUUUCUUGACUACUUUCUUCAAAAGCCAUAUUAGAAACUUACUGAGAUGGUAUCAUCUCUGACCUACAGUUUUGAGAAUCUACAAACCAUGGUUUAAGUAGUAAUAGGUCUCCAGUAAAUUUCCCACACAAUGUUAUAAUAAACUUGAUAGUCCUAUAAAAUCUUAUCACAUUAUUGUGUAAAGAACUGCGGCGUCCUGGGAGAGAUCGACAAAUGAUACUUUUUUAAAAUGACCCCUGUUAAAUACUAUUUGUUUAAGCGCAGAAACAGACGAACCACUCUGCGCUACUCUGUGGCGCCACAAAGUGGCUGAGACAGGCGAUUUUGUAGCGCCAAUGAUUUUGUAAUGGACGCCACUAGCAGCGAGGAUCGGCGCCACAGAGUAGCGCUGCAGAGUGGUUCAUCUGUUUAUGCGCUAAUACACAUACGAUAUUUUUGUACCAAAAUCUUUUUUUUAAUUUUUGAGCAACCCGGUCUCUCUUUUUUGUUUUGUGUGUCAUUAAGAACGGUAUAUUAACAUCUCGAAAGUCUGUGAUUCCAUUUUUGUAAUUAACAUGAUUUUGACAAUAAUUUUACGUAAAUUAGUGAUAUUUUUGAUAAAGAAUUUUACAAUAAAAGUGCGCACAACAUUCCACACCACUGGAUAUCGAAUUGUAUUUCAAAAAAUUUAUUAAGCACAAUUAUAGAGUUUAUAUAUAUUUUCUCGAAUUCUACAUUAAAUUUUUGUAGGUUUACUUAUCGUAUAUCACAUAUCAACUAAAAUUGUGUUAUUCACUGCCAAUAUUGUUCAAAUUCAGCUCACUUUUUACCCUAUGUGCCUCAAAAGUACUCAAAAAUUCGACAGGUUUAUUCGAGUAAUUUGGUCAUAGCUUUUGAGACACACUGUAUAUUGAUGGUAAAUGAUAUUGACGGUUUAGGUCCACUAAAGGACUAAAUUUUUAUAAAAUGUUUUUAUAAUUGUAAAUACUUAUUUUAUUAAUUUAAUUGUUAAUUUUAAAAAAUUAAAGAAUAUGCCUUCUACAGGGUGUCACACAGUUUUCGAAACAAAUGUAUAGAUUUUCAAGAAAUGUGUCAUUCUUGCUUUUUUACUUCAUUAUGAUCAGUUUUGUACUUGGGUCUUUUAAUUUAGAGGAUUUAUCACCCUUAAAUUCUUAAUAUCGAUAAACACUAUUAUUUAUUUCACUAAAGCUUUUGUUUUUGCUUAUCUCUCUACUUCUUAUACAGGGUGUUUGGUAACGAAUGGGCCAUAGCUUAACCUCAGAUUCCUGAGGUUAAAAUAGAUAGAUUUAAGCUAACUUACUUUAGUACGAAUGUUGAUAAUAACCUAAAUACAGGGUGUCAUUACACUUUUUUUUAUUUAUUCUUGAAUAUUUCCUGACACGCAUGGGAUAACAACACUAAAUUUGGUAAACGGGGCUUUUUGGGAUGAGAAAUCUAAAUUCGCUACCAAAAAUUUUUCACGAGCUCAUUUAAUACGUUGAAUUUUUUUAUACAUAUUUUUUGAAUAAAGACUUUUAUUCCCCUAUUAUGUUUACUUAAAAAAAAUGAACUACAUUCAUCUCGCUAAACUCAACCGUUAUGGUGGUUGGGGUUAUUUACCCCCGACGAGGGGGUUGAUUUGUAAAACACUAUUUAUCAAACAUGUAUUUAUUUGCCAACACUAAAUAUACCAGUAACGAGUUGGUAGGGAAAGUCUAUAUUCUAACUACUUGAUGUCUAAAUAAUGAAUGAUGAAUAAAUAAUGAUCUGUGCAAUACUUUCUCCGUAUCUAUAAAUAAAUUCAUAAUUGUUUUGUUAUGAUUUUGACGACAGGAUUGUGACCGUGAAAUACUCAUAAUAUCAAAAUCGCUGACUGAGGUGUUCUCGAACCGAUUGGCCUACAUUGUGAAAUAAAUGUUACCCAGUUAUUUUACUAUAAACAAUAAUGUUUGUUUAAGACCUUUAAAAAUUAAAUCCAUAUGAAUUGCUCUUAUUUUUGAAUGUUAAUAUAAAUCCUGUACACCGUUUUCGAGGUAAACGCAUUUUAAAUUAGCGAUGCAAAAUAAUUUUUUUCGUAUCAUUUCAGUUACACUUGAAAAAUAAACUUAAAACCAUAAUAAUCUCCAAAAAUGUAUCGCAAAUUCCUUCAAAUGGAAUUUGUUAUGCAAUGAUAUCAAUAUGAGAACUUGCACAAUUAUUAUGGUUUCAAGUUUAUUUUGGGGGUGUAUCUACAAUGAUAUUAUGCAAAAAAUUAUGUUGCAUCGCAGAUUUAAAAUGCGUUUAUUUCGAAAACGGUUGAGUUUAGCAAGAUGAAUGUAGUAUAUCUAUGGUUGAGAAAGGGCGUAGUUAAGCGUAUAUCGAAGGACCACCAGCCAUGGGCUGGAAAGAAAAGCGGUUUACACGUAACAAACUUUAUUGUGUGAAGAAUGGUGAAUAAAAAGCUAGGAUGGUAAUGUACCUAUAACUGUUGUAUGACACUGAUGUACGUAUAACACUGACGUUGGACUGUCACUUCACUUCACUGUAUAACUACUUCAACGAUAAGGUUUGCUGCGUACAGGAAUGUUCUAGGCUACGAGUAACACUGGCAACCUUGCUUUUGCGUUGUUUUUAGCGGCAUUAAGAUUGCGAUAUUAAACGACUGGCGACUGUCCUUUCCUUAGAUAAGGAAAAAAGAGAGGACGGGUAACACUCAUUUAACACACACGUUCCAAAAGUGAAGCCAGUUUUUGGUUUGUUUGUCACCAAAAACAUGGCGGUCACGUCAAAAAUAACAAUGGGUUGCCAGUGGUGGGUGUUCGUUGAAGGUUAAAAUUUCAUAAAAAAUAAAGUAAAUCAUCAUCUAAAAUUCGUAAUAAAAACAUAUGUAUGUAUUGAAACAUAUGUACGUAAUAUGAGCAACUUAAUAAAACAUUUACCGUACACAAAUUCUUCAUUUUAAAUACAUUUCAUGUUUUUAUUUUAAAUAUUCAAUGCAUAACAAUACCCCAAAGAUACGUCGAUGAUCAAAAUCUCUGGUGUCGGUUUGGCUUCACUUUUGGUCAUAGGAUUACUCGUCCUCUCUCUUUCCUUGUCUAAGGUCCUUUCUGAGGACUGAUAGCGAACCUUUCUACUCGAAGGUUAGUGGCGAACUCUUUUGUUGAAGCUAGAGAAACGCGGUAAACCUUCGUUUUGGCGGCUUUUUUAAGGGACCGGUUGAGUGACUUCUGAGAUCUAGCAUUGGUUUGUGUAACGAACAUUACAUAUUUGUAUACAGGGUAAAACGUUAUUUCACCAAUCUAUUUUAACUAAAAAUAUUAAGAGAAUGAAAUUUUUGUAUUAAAAAGUAUGUAGAGUGGGAGAUAAAAAAAUGAAUGAAUUAAAUGAGCACUGAAAGACGUGGCACCCUCUGGGUACAUCAGUUUUGGUGGCGAAUUUAGAUUUCUCGUCUUAAAAAAUCUCCUCUUACCCAAUUUCGUGUUGUUAUCCCAUGCCUGUCAGAUAUUCAAGAAUAAAUAAAAUAAAAGUUUAACUUUGACACCCUGUAUUUCGGUUAUUAUCAACUUUUGUACUAAAGUAAGUUAGCUUAAAUCGACCUAUUUUAACCUCAGGAAUCUAAGGUUAAAGUAUGACCCAUUAGUUACCGAACACCCUGUAUAUUUUUUCGCCUUAUUCUAAAGACUUACUAUAUAGCAGCAGCUAUUACUAAUAAACUUCUUGGAUGACCCAAACUGUUUUUUAUUCCAUAGUUAAUACAAAACAUUCCAGAACAAUACUAUUUGCAUUCCACUGUUAAUACUCAGUUCAUUUGUGCCAUUUAAACAUUUUUAUUACUACAAAAUACUCUUUCUAACAACAUUCCACUUUUUGGGUUGGAAAUGUAUGAUAGUUUUGAAAUUUUGUGUGACAAUCCAUCAUUCUGUGUAUAGUCGAAAGCCAGUUGACUGUAUAUUUAUAUAAUUUUUGACAUAAUUGAUUAUGAUCGAUACGGUCAACUGGUUUUUUCUUGUAAAAAGUACUGAUUAGUUAUAUUUAUAGGUAAAUAUGGUUUUGACUAUUGUUUCGCAUACGUCGACAACAUAGAUGUCGGCAGUUGCUGUUUUUCUUUAGUUUUAAGAUCACAUGCUUUGUACUAUAUGAUUUUAAAUAAAUAGAUUUUUAUAUAG